AGGCAGCAUGGAGCCAGACUUGUUAAAACGAAACUGAACUUUCCAACUGUCUUUUCCGGCGAGGCUGCUCCGAUAUCACCCGAGACACAGAAUACACCGGCUUUAGAAGUCAACUUUACAACGAGUCAUGGCGCAUUAUAGGGCUCCAGACUCCAAGAGAGAGCAGUUUCGCAGAUAUCUAGAAAAAGCAGGUGUUGUGGACAGCCUCACCAGCGUUUUAGUAUCUCUGUACGAAAAGCCAGAGAGGCCCCCCAAUGCUCUAGAAUUUGUCAAGCAGAACCUUGGUGCUGUUGGGGAGAUUUCAGACGACACUGAUGCUCUGCAGCAGGAAGUGGCCGACCUGAGGCAGAGGUGUGCUCGUCUGGCAGAGGAAAACACAGAUCUCAAAGCUAGGCUGCAACUUUAUGAACCCGCAUCAGAAGAGUGAGGCACAUCUAUCUAAAGAGCACUUUAGCUUGAUAAAUGUACUUUUUGUUCAUACUACUGUCACUUUAAAUCAAAAAUAGGACAACACUGUAGAGUGAAAGCCUAAGUCUUUAUGUUGCCUUUUCUUUUUCUCACUUUCUUCUGUUUUUGACUAUCUAAAUUAUUUUGUGUAUGUUUGUGUACACUUGUUCAAUCUUUAGUAAAGUAAGUUCUCAAAAUAUC